AUGCCCGUCACACGAAGCAGAACUGGCAAGAUGCAAGAGGAGAAGACAGAAGAGCAUCAAACAGAUGCAGAACAGGUCCCAGACCCACCGCGGAGGGAAAACCCGUUCCCUAUUCGACAUAGCAUACCGCCGAGGUCGCCACAAGGGACACAAGACGUCGAAGAAACCGUCGUUCAACAAACAACGUUGGCGGAGGCCAAGCUGGCCCGACUGGAAACCUUCGGAGAAGAAGAAGACGAAGAACCGUCGGAACCAGCAUCGCAAGACGGCCACAAUAGGGUCGUCGAAUGGCUCGAGCAGCAGUCCGAGCCACCACCGCCUCCACCAGAAGCACCACCGAAUCCACCGAAGAGGCCCACACCGGCAAGAAUAGAGGAGCCGCUUCGGGGUACCAUAGAAACUCAUCAACGAUUGGCACCUACAGACACCAUUCAAGUUGGUGAUCUCGCAACUGCAGUAACCGAAAUCGUCAGGGCGACUACAUCGUCGCUAGCGGCCGUCGCGUCGCACCCACAAGCGUCAACGUCGGGUCCCCUAGCAGCACAGUAUAGAGGGGAACUCACACCGUUCUACGGGCGCAUACAGAUUGGCUGGCCUUCAAGGCAGCCUAUGAAGAAUCUGCGGGGUAUCUAA